UUCUCCAACGCAAAAGGCCCUAGACAAAAAGGUAGUGUUUGGAGAUAAUAGUCUCAAGGGAUUUUGCCCUAUCCCCUUAUAUAUACCCUAACCCUCUUUGCACCUGCUUUUCCAUACACACUACACACUCUCUCUCUCUCUCUCUUGAAUUAUACUAUUAAUGAUGGAAGGGAUGAUGGUGCCUUCAAGAAAGUUCAAGAGAAUAUGUGUUUUCUGUGGAAGUAGAGCAGGUAACAAACCAUCAUUCACUGAUGCAGCUCUUCAGCUUGGCAAACAACUGGUUGAGAGAAAGAUUGAUCUUGUUUAUGGUGGAGCAAGUGUAGGAUUGAUGGGCUUGGUCUCCAAAACUGUAUUUGAUGGUGGCUGUCAUGUUUUGGGAAUAAUUCCUAAAGCUCUAGUGGCACAUGAGAUAUCUGGAGCAAGUGUUGGAGAAGUAAUAAUUGUGGCAGAUAUGCAUAAAAGAAAGGCACAAAUGGCCAAAAAUGCUGAUGCUUUCAUUGCUCUUCCUGGUGGUUAUGGAACCAUGGAGGAAUUGUUGGAGAUUAUAGCUUGGUCUCAGCUGGGAAUUCAUGACAAACCAGUGGGAUUGUUGAAUAUAGAUGGAUACUAUAAUAGCUUGCUUGCACUUUUUGACAAAGGAGUUGAGGAAGGUUUCAUUGAGGAUUCAGCAAGAAAUAUAGUUGUCUUGGCAGACUCACCAGAUCAGUUGAUCAACAAAUUGGAGGAGUAUGUACCAGUGCAUGAAGCAGUAGCACCUAGACAAAGUUGGAUAGUUGAUGAUCAAUGGGGGACUACAAGUGGAUGAUUAUAUAUAUUAUAUAUAAAAAUUUGAGGUGAUGAUUAUGUACAGAUUAAUGAUUAUUGUGUGUAAUAAAUGUGGAUACAAUUAUUUGGUGGUUAGGUCAGCAAAACUGAAAAUGUAAUGUAACCAACUUUCCAGCUUUAACUAUAUAUAUAUGAUCUCUCUUUAUUA